AUGAGCACUGAAAAAAUGGCUUCAGUUAACAUUCGUUGUAUUCCAGAUAAUCCAUAUGCAGUCAUUGGUGUAGAGAAUACAAAGAGAGCUCGACUCGAAAUUGAAACAACGAAAAACGAAGAAAAUGCUGAAGCAACCAAACGAAAUCCAAUCAAUUUGGUAUUAGUACUUGAUCGUAGUGGUUCAAUGUCAUCAAGCAAUAAAUUGGAGUUUGCGAAAAAAGCCGUUAUCUCUGUACUUAAUUUACUUCAUGAUGAUGAUGUUGUACAUCUUGUUGCUUAUGAUACAACAGUCUGGAACGUCUUUGAAAAUGCACCGGCAUCGGGUCGUCAAGCUCUUUAUUCAGUCGUCGACGGAAUUAAGACUGGUGGUGAAACUUUCUUAUCUGGUGGUAUUGAAAUGGGUGCAAGUCUUCUUGAAAAAUAUCCACAUCCUGGAUUUUCCAAACGUAUGUUUGUCUUAUCAGAUGGAUUAGCUAAUGUUGGAUUAAGAACAAAAGAAGAAAUCAUGAAGGCUGUUGCAAAAUACAACGAAAAAGGAAUUAUAAUUGAUUCAUUUGGUGUUGGAGAAGAUUUUGAUGCAGGAAUUAUGAAAGGUAUUGCUCAAGCUGGAUGUGGUCAAUUCUUUUUCCUUGAAUCAGCUGAAGUCAUCGUAGACUUAAUGACAAAAGCACUUCAGAGUGUUUUUGAUGUUUGUGGAACACAAGCUCAACUAAUUAUUCGUGGUCGUAAUAAUACAAUUAUAACGAAAAUAUGGGGCCAUGAAAACAUUGCAUAUGGUGCAAAUCUUGGUGACCUUCAUAUAGAUAAUCUUCGCGUUAUUCUUUGUGAUUUUACAGUUUCUGGAACCGUGUCCGAAGGUACAGAAGUUGAAAUUCUCGAUUAUCAGUUGAAAUAUAAUCUUCCGGGUGACGUUGAGGGCGAACCAUUAGUUGUUACUGGUCAAUUAUCAGUAACAUUUGUCAAUGAUGAAUCACUCAUUCAACAAAUCGAUCCAAAAGUCAGAACCUUACAUGCAGUUCAAGUUGCAGGAGAAAUGGAUGACAAAAUCGCUGAACUAAUAAAGAGUCACAGAAGAGAUGAAGCUAUUACAUUAAUUACUGAGCAAAUAGCUCUACUUAAACAUGUGGAACAUUUAGACGAUGAUAGAGGUAUGAUUGCGAUGUUACUUCGAAUGGCAGAAAACAUGCAAAAACGAUUGAGAGACCAAGCAGUAAGUGCGAAAGCUGCUGCUCAAAAGUAUAGUCAUCAUGGUCAUAUGAAGAAAUGUCAUGAUUACAAAUAUACAAACUACUAUGAUGAAGAUUGA